GUAACCCUGUUAUUAAAUUAACUGCUCAUAAUUAAAUAAAACCACUUUUAUUGACAUUUUUAUUUCCCCGCUUCCAUUUUUACACUUGACUUCCAUUCUAGCACGGAUUUUUUUCAGUUUUCCGUAAGUUUUUUUUAAAUAUCAGAAUAAACUGAGAAAUAUCACUGAUUAUCAGAACAGUUUUUUUCAUCCCGUUUUAGUCAAUUCAGAACACAGUUAUUCAGAAGACCUCAAAAGGAUACUUGAUUGACCUGUUACCUUUUCUUUUAGCAGAGCGUAGCAAUGACUAAAGGUAACAUUUCGUCCAUCUUUCCCUCAGAGCCAGCCGACACUUUCAACUCAUUCCACCUAAAAAUCUCCAAAUUUGAUGACUUUGCAAACCCGCCAGUUCCGAAGAAACCACUACUCACAAUUGAAGAGGAGGAUCCGAUCCUUGACCCCAGUCAGUUCCUGGGGACAACAGGUUUAGAGUCACAGAACCAAUCAUCAAAACAGAUACAGAUACCAUCACAGCAAUGUCCGCCAGAAGGUGUGGGUGUGGAAACGUGUCAGAGUUGUCGCAAGGCCAUCAGAGACCAGUAUCUUCUCCACGUGAACGGGAAGGCAUGGCACACUGGGUGUCUGAGGUGCAGUGCCUGUAUGACUCAUUUGGGCAACCAGCAGUCUUGUUUUGUGGGCAAAGACGCGCAGCUAUAUUGCAAAAGUGACUACAGCCGAUACUUUGGAGUGCGAUGUGCCAAGUGCCAGCGGGUAGUGUCCAGCACCGACUGGGUUAGGAGAGCCAAACAAUUAGUGUACCACCUAGCCUGUUUCGCCUGCAACAUCUGCCACCGACAAUUGUCGACUGGUGAGGAGUUCGCGCUACACGAACAUCACGUGCUGUGUCGACAACACUUCAUGGAGCUUCUGGAUAUUCCCCCUGCGGGAGGAGGAGCAAGUGGGGCCAACGGGGCGGGGACGACAAAAGGCGGAAGUUCUUCAGGGGUUCUUGUGCCGUCAUCAUCAUCUACAAGUGGUGCUGGUGGUUGUAGUGGCAAUGGGUCGGAUUCGAACGACAGGGCAGAUUGUAAUUCGAUGAAUGGCGAUGGGCCGGAUGAGCCGAACGGUUGCAAUGACCUGGACUGUGGUGGAUCCCUGGGCAGUCCCCACAGUCACAAGAGCAAGAGGUCCAGAACCACCUUCUCCGAGGACCAACUUAAGGUCCUGCAAGCCAAUUUCAACAUGGACAGCAACCCCGACGGUCAGGACCUGGAGAGAAUUGCCAGUCAGACCGGACUGAGUAAGCGGGUGAUCCAGGUCUGGUUCCAGAACGCCAGAAGUCGCCAGAAGAAACACCUGUCUACAGGUAGUAGCGGUGGCAACCACAUGAAUGGGCAGCAGCAGGGGACAAAUGGGGGAGGCCCGCCCGGUGGUAUGAUGCAAGGAGGAGGCGCAGCGGGGGCAAAUCAGGCGGCGGCAAUGUUUGCAGCCAAUGCGUCCGCUGCGAAGCUUCAUCAUCACGCUCUCACUUUUGUGGGACCAUCUGGAUUUGAUGACGUCAUGUCUCCAAACCCAGUCGGACUCAUGUGAUCACGUGACAGGGUCAUAAUAGCUGCAAAAGUUCAUCAGAAUUGUCUUCCGAAACAGGCCAGCUCCGUUUAUCUAUGCAACUAACUCACCCCUCGUAGUGCUAUUAGCUUUUCCGCUGUCAAUUUAAAAAUCCGAAAACCAUGUUUGGUGUAUACAGUUCAAAAAUCAAAAAUAUUAUUCUUUUCUUGACUUUCAAUUUUGAAUCUGAAUUUUUUGUAAAACACCUUGUU